GAUCUCUAAACCUCCAUGGCCAUGCCUUCACCGCCACCGACGACGUCGUAUUGGUGUUACAGAUGCACUCGCUUCGUCCGCGUGUUUGCUCUGGACUCCGCCCUCUUGUGCCCCCACUGCGAAACCGGCUUCCUCGAGGAGAUCGAGACGAUGCCACAGCCGCUACCGCAGCCGAACCAUCUCCGCCGUAGAUUCCCGUCCUCCCACCGCCACGAGGAAGAACGGGGCCAAAACCCGAUUCCGACCUCCCGCCGGGUACGACGGGCCUCCGGCGACCGGUCUUCUCUAUUCAACCCGGUCAUCGUCUUACGUGGCACCGAGGCCGAUACCGAGUCCAACACAUUCGAACUCUACUAUAAUGACGCCGCGGGGUCGGGGCUCCGACCACUUCCGCCCACCAUGUCCGAGCUUUUAAUGGGUUCGGGCUUCGACCGCUUACUUGAACAGCUCUCCCAGAUUGAAAUCAACGGUUUGGGCCGACCUGAAAACCCGCCUGCGUCUAAAUCCGCCGUGGAAUCUAUGCCCGUUAUUCAAAUCGCCGAUACCCACGUCGGGUCGGACUCGCACUGCGCCGUUUGCAAAGAAGCAUUCGAACUCGGGUCGGAGGCCCGAGAAAUGCCGUGCAAGCACAUAUACCACCCGGAUUGUAUCCUCCCCUGGCUCUCAAUGCGUAACUCGUGCCCGGUUUGUCGACACGAGCUGCCCGCUGACCAAAACAACCGUAAUUCGGAUCCGGGUCUCGAGGAAGAGACGAUGGGUUUGACUAUCUGGAGAUUACCCGGCGGAGGAUUUGCCGUGGGGAGAUUCUCCGGCGGCAGAAGACCCGGCGAGAGGGAAUUACCGGUUGUGUAUACGGAAAUGGACGGCGGUUUCAAUGGAAACGGGGCUCCAAGAAGGGUAUUAUGGGCAUCGAGGAGUAGAGGGAGCGAAAGUCGCGGGAUUCGGAGUGCUUUUCGUAAUAUAGCUUCGUUCUGGGGGCGUUUACGUUCCGAUUCAUCAUCUUCGAGGUCCGGGUCGGAAUCUGAAUCCGGGCCGGGUUUGACUAGAAGUCAGUCAAGUUCGGUAUUUGGGCGGUUCGUACACCGUCGUCGGAGGGCGUGGGUGUUGGAUGAUUAGAAAGACCACAGUUUUGGCUUCAUUUUUUUUUUUUUUUUUGGUUUAUUAAUUUAUUGAAAUAUACAUCAGUGUAAAUACUUUUAUUAUUAUAGCUGAGUUUCGAAGAACUUUCAGGUUUGCCGGUUUGGGGUUCCGUGUUCAUAAAAAAAGUAGUACAAAAUUGGCUCAAUUUGUAGCAAAGCAUCUUUGGUUCUGCGUGUUAUGAAGAUUAUAGAAUUUGAAAUUUAAUUCUUAA